AAUUUUUGCAUAUUCACUUGUCUAGAUUUCAUUCCCAUGUCUUAUCUUAGACCUCCACAAAAUGAAGGGUUCAGGAACUUACUGAUAUCAUAAAUAAUUUAGUGUACAUGUCAUCUAACAUAAAACACAGUGGCUUACUGGCUGCAGAAUGAUGAAAUCUUUUCUUCAUGUCACACAAAUGCCUAACUCUUGGAAAAAUAAAUUAAGAAUUCUUAUUUCACAGCUACUUCAACUCAAACUCAACUGGGACUAUAGGUUAAGUUUCGUUUAAUAAAUUAUUUCGUGGUGCCAUUCCCUUUUUCAUCUUGACAUUGAGAGAAAACAUACCUCGAAACUGUAAACAUCACCUGACGAACCUUUUCCCAGACUACCUGAAUGACGUCAACCCCGGCUGCAACGUCUGCUGAUAGGUGUUUUCAAAAUGGGCGUCUUCUAACGUCGCUUACACGUCCAAGGUUCCUUAAAGACUUUGCACAAACAGUUGAUCACAGCUGAAGAUCGAAACAACAUCGUAAAGUGGGAGAAAUAUAUGACCAGUAUGGCAUCCAUUUCGGCUGACCAGAAUUCACAGCCCACCCCUCAGCUGCUGUCAGUGGGAGAAAAGGACAGGAAACGGCUGCUGGAGGUGUAUGUAAAGCGAAGUCUCAGCCUUAACGAUGGAUCCCAAUGUCCGCUGAGACAGGAGCACAGAACACGCAAAUGGGUUCCCAUCACAGAGCGCAAGACAAGACAUCGCAAGCAUUCCAGUGAUACAUCUCUGAACUUGACUUCACAAGCCUCCUUCUCAGAUGAAGACAUUAGAUACGAGACCUUCCCUGAACCGCAAAUGGAUAAAAAGGAGAGGUCAUCUGAGAAGAAAUCCAAAAAGUGGAGUUUUAAAGGGAAUCUGCGCCUCAACGAUGGCUCUAAUGCAUCGCAAAAGUCCAAUAGCAAACCCAAAAAGAAGUUUCUACUUUUGGAUAAGGGCAAGGAGGAAGGUGGGCAGAACAUUGAUUCUUUAUCCUCCAAAACAAGUGCAGAUACUGCUGGAAAUAGGCAUUCAAAUGUGCAAGAAAAUCUGGAGACUUCUACAAUGGAAAAGAAGGACAAAGAAGGAAAGAAGACAAAGAAACCCACUAUAUGGAAGAGUUUCUUGAGCUGGUUUUCCAGGGGAAAUGUUGAAAAGGAGCAAAAUCUUCAGAGAACCGAAGAACAGCUCCCUCUUUCCCAUCCCUCAACACCCCAAAUCUCUUGUUUGCCUUUAGCUGACGCCCUAUCAAAAGGCGAUAUCAACCUGCGCCGUUCAAAAUCAACGAAAAAGAAAUCAUUCCACAGGAGGUCAUUAAAAUGGAGGCGAAGUGGAGAUAUGUCCACUGAAAAAUCUGUUGAGAUAGUGGAACCCACUAACUCAUACUAUGAGAAAAUGUCAGAGGAACUGGAGAAAAUUGUGCAUGAAGUGAAAGACAGUCCAGCUGAUGACAAUGCCAAUCAAAUAACAGACCAGAAUGGUGGAAAUGUCUCACAAGAAGAGGUUACCAGGAAAAUCAUAGAACUUAUAAAGCAGCAAGGAGACAUAAUAGAUAUCAAGCUGAAGGAGAACAGCACCGUAACCACUUAUCUGAAUGGAAUCACCUAUAGAUCCUUCCGGCAGAUGGCUGAUCAAUACGUGCAGUCAGAAGUUCCCAAUAAGAAAACCCAGCCGCCUGUCGUGGCACCAGAGCUGGUGAAGUUCGCCUUCACUCUGGAUUUCACAGCCAGAGUGGCUAAUCUACACCGCCAAUCCACGGGCCAAAUCAUGGGCUUUGGGAACCAGUAUCUCCAAGAUCACUUCACUCACAUGAGCGAGAGCCAUCCGCACCUCUCUGACAUUAAAGCAGAGGAUCAGAAAACACAGAACUUUGAUCAAGAAUACAUAAGCUUGUAGAAGCAUGAGCUUCUAGUUGACUUAAUUUUACUGCUUCAUUUACCUUUGAAAUGUAGCAACUCAAAACGAGCCAUUGAAGGAUUUAUUAGAAGGAUAAUUCUGAUAUAUUUGCACAACUGCAAUCAUUAUGU